AAAAUGUUUAAAAGCUCUGAUAAACUACUCCAAAUAUAUUUAAAAAAAUAUUUUUGAUACUUUAAAAGUGAACCUUCAAAAUGAGUAAAGAUUACGUUGAUCUAGUGACUCCAGACAGCGAAUCAGAGCAGGAAGUAUUCGUUUACGCUUGUGAGCAAUCUGAGAUCAGUAGCUCUACUAUCAUCAGCGCGGAAACAAGCCUUCCAACCGAUACGGAGUUAAGUGAAUCACUACAUUCAACAAUAACUACAUCAAGUUAUUCUUCAGACUGGGAGGCUUCUCAUUCACUUAGUGAAACGUCCAUAAUAACUGAAUUGGCAAAUAAUUCUCUUGUGAUCAAUAGAGACAGCUUGUCAUCUGUGGUUAUCCUCGCAACAGGAACAAGUAAAGGUUCCAAACGAAGGUGCUGCAAUGAAUCUUCACAAUCAACAAUAACUAUCGAUGAUACGUUAGCUUGUGAGGCUUCUUAUUCUCCAAGUGAAACUUUUAUAAAAGAUGUAUUGACAAAUUAUUCUUCAGAUUUCAAUCAGGAGAGAUUUCAAUCCGUUAGCUUCGCAGCAGAAACAAGGAAAGUUUCGAAAGGAAGUGGCUCCAUUGAAGCUCUACAAUCAACAUCUAAACAUGAUACAUUUGACUGUGAUGCAUCCUCUUAUUCUCUCGGCGAAACUUUCACAAAAAAAGUAUUGACAAAUGAUUCUCUUAAGAUCAAUCGGGACAGAUUUCAACAACAGCAAUCAACGACUCUUGAAGAUGAUACAUUAGACUGUGACGCGUCCUCUCAUUUUUCCAAUGAAACUUUCAUAAAAAAUACAUCGAAAGAUGAUUCUUUUAAAAUCGACCGGGGCAGAGUUCCAUCUAUCAUCCUGGCAGCAGGACCAAGCAAAGUCUCGAGGGGAAGUAGCUGCAUUGAAUCGUUGUAUUCAACAAUCGUUGAAGGCAUCUUGGAGAAUACAAUUGAUGAGUAUGAUAAGCCAGAAGACUCACACUCUGAAAAUUCUGAUUCCGAGGUUGGCUUGGAUCCACCUUCUAUUUUCUUGAGUAAAUAUCCUCAACUUGAGCCCUAUACCCUACGUUUGGCAGAAGUUUUACAAAAGGCGUCUCUUUCGAACAACAUAGACUCUAAAAGAAUUUCGGGUCUCGAGGUAAUAUCCCUCAUCGAUAAUUUACAACGUUCGAUGUUGAAUUUACCGGACACUAAAGAAUUCCUGCAAGAUGUAUACACAUUCGCAACAUCUUUAUACAAUGACUCACGGAAAAUUACUGUCGAUCAGCUCGCGCGAGUUCUUAUCUACAUCCAUUUCACAUACGAUCAUGAACCUGGGAAAUAAGGAAACGAAAAUUCUCUGACCAAAAUCUCAACAACAGAACCAAAUAAGCCCUGGAGGCCUUAACUUUAUUUUUUAGUUCCUAUGUUUUUUUUAUUUUUUUGUUUUUUUAAGA